AUGUUAUUCGAUAAAGUGAGUAACCAAAUUAUUUUGGAUUGUAUGUGUUUUCUGGAAAAAAGUAACGUUCGUAAUAAAUAUGAAAGAAUAAGCAAAGUACUUCCUCAGUAUAGUUCUCGUCAAAUUCGACAUCAUUAUAAAAAUGUUCUUAACGUUCGACUUAAUAAAGAUGGAUUAAGUAAUGAUGAAAAAGAUUAUAUUGUUCAAUGGGUUGAACAAUAUCAAGGACCGAAUGGUACCAUUCAUUGGAAGGAUUUAAUUCUUGUAAUGGAAUUGCGUUUUGAUAAAUUACACUCAGAAAAUAAAAUUAAAAAUUUUUGGUAUCGGAGAAAGUUACGCCUUGAACGAGAUUCUGGAAUCAGAGGAUCUGCUGAUCCUAAUCCAACCAAUGGUACUAAUAUAUAUAAUCAUUUCUUACCAUUAUUACCAAUUGAACCUAAAUUUCAACCUAUCAUUCAUUUCAAACAUCCAUAUAAGAUGAAUCCUUUCUUUUAA